AUGUACAAAUGGCUCUAUGGCUUUUUAUGGGUGACGAUGUCAUUAUUACAAAAUAUUUUAAACGAUGUUUGCUAUGUGGCACACUUUUUGUCACAGAUGACACAGCAAGAAGACAAAGUUGAUGCUUUUAAGCCCCCCUUCCACAAUCAAUUCCGUCGUCAAUUGAAUGUUCAACAGCAUAUUUUGAGUGAUGUCCAUCAACAUCAUACUCAACCACGGCAAACUCAAGGAGUUUUCCUACAACAAACGCCCAGUGUAGAAGUACCCCUGCCCCAGACGUCGCAGCAGCAGCAGAGAAACCAUUUAAGAUUUCCCCCCACGGGACCAGUAAAUGGGCCAAACGGUCAUUACAUUACCGCCAAUGGCAAUGGCAACCAACAGCAGUUCCAAAGGUCCAAUCAAAAUCAGUUACAUCUUUCACAGCAACAACAAUAUCAGCCACAACAGCCACAUCAGUUCCAGCACCAACACCAACAACAACAGCAGCCAUCGAGCGGUCAUCAGCAGGAGUUGCAUCAGCAAAACUUUUUGGCCUUGCGUAACUUUGCCAAUCAAGCUGUGGGACCUCAACAGAGUCCUCCCCAGCGUUCGUAUAACAACAAACCCUUCCAAAGUCAAACUUCGCUACACUCCAGUCCUUCGCAAUACUCCACUCUGCCCAAUGAUGCCUAUCAGCAACAAUCAAACUCCAAUUUUGCCAUAGGACCUCAGCUGCAGCCGCAGACGCAGCAGAAGCUACCCAUACAAGCCCCAGUGCCCACCUUCCAGACACAUACAGCUCCACAAAGUCCCUACUCUACGGUGCCACAAUUUUUCCAGCAACAACAACAGCAAGCGACUUUGCAGACAACCCAGCAAACAUUUUUGCCUCAAACUCAACAAAAAUUGCCACAGCCACAACAGAAUCAGCAGUUUGCCUUGACUCCCAAUUUGGGUUUGCCCGUGCCCAAUAUAUUCCCCAAUCUUAGGACCACCACUUUUGCCCAGCAGCAGCAGCAACAACAGCAGCAGCAACAGCAACAACAACAACAACUGCAUCAACAACAGCAACAAUUUGGUCCCCAGAUAUUCCCGGAUGUGAACCAAGGUCCCACUUCCGAGCAGGAAUACAAACAAAAGAUCAUACAAAAACAUGAACAAUUCGUCCAGAAGCAAUACGAAAAGUCUCAGAAUAAGGUGAAGCAACAACAUGCCGAGUUCUUGGCCAAGCAACAGAAUAUCAAGCAGCAGGUAUUGCCCACCAUCAUUGGAGGUGUUACCCAGCAGCAACAACACCAGCAAAUCUUCAACAACCUGCAACAGCAAUCUGCGGCCAUUUAUGGUCCCAAUCGUAGUCGUCCGGUGGGUGAAGCGGAACUCCCCUCAUUCGCCUCAGCUGUGCAGAAAUAUUAUCAAGAACAUCCCACCACUACCACCACAACAACCACGACUACCACCACUACUCCGGCCGCUCCACCUUCGCCCAAAAGCAACUCGAAGAAUGUUUAUGGCCAACUGAAAGCAGAAUUGGGUAAAUAUGGCCAAAAGACCUCGUCCAAGAAGCCAGUGAAAACCUUUGGCCGCGAUGAGUUGCUUAAGCAGUUAAAGGCCGCCUUGGCUGAAACUCCCCAAAAGGAGUUGGGCAACAAAACCUAUGAGGAAAUGGAUUUAGUACUGCCCAAUGGUGAACGUGUUCAGGUCAUACGCACCACCGAUCCAAAUUUGGUUAAAGGUCAACAGUCCUAUACCCAUGAUCAAUUGCAGAGUUUGUUUGGCAAUCAAAACCUUGAAGCUGUUACCGCAGGUGGCAAAUUGAGCCUCAGUGAUGUAGCCCCAGAGACCAAAAAGGAUUUGGUAUUGCCAGGUGGAGGUAAGGUUCAGAUCCUGAGAUCUCCCAACCCUGAAGAGGCCGUAGACCCCCAAAACUUACCAGGUGGAGUAGACCUUUCUAGUUUGGCUUCCCUGUAUGGAGGCAGCGUGGAGGGAGUAUCCAAUGGGGCCAAUAGCAUUGCCAGCACCGCUGUUAUACAAUCCGAUUCCGAUGAGCCUCCUUCGCUAGAGGAAUUGGCCAAGCGUGGCCUUAUUCCUGAUGGCUAUGAAAUUGAAGGUCUAAGUUCUCCCAAAGCCAAGAGUCAGCCCAAACCCGCCCCCACCUUGCCUCCCAAGAAGAAGGCCACCUAUGUGUAUUUGGAAGAGCAGGCCGAUGGCAGUUUCAAGAUUCAAGGUGUCAAGGCCAAUGGGGAGAAGGAGACCAAGCAAACCGGUGCCGAGGUGGAAAGUAUUUUGGAACGCAUACGCAAUGGAGAAAUUAAAUUGCCCCCCUCUGUGACAAGACUCACCCUGCCCAAUGAUGAGAUAGUGGAAAUAGAAUCUGGCAACAUUGUCAAGACCACUAAAAGACCACCCACCACUACGACCACCACUACCACAACAACAACCACCACCACCACAACAACACCCAGACCUUCAGUGGCUGCAGCAGCUACCAGAGCCACCACCUAUAGACACCAUUACAACUCACGCACCACCGCCUCGUACAAUCAGCAAACGACCACCACACAAGCUCCCUACAUACAAAGAUCCUCUAGUACUCGACAAUAUGAACAGUAUAGACCCACAGCUGCUUCACGCUAUACCAUAGCACCCACCGGUCCAGCAUAUGAGACCUCUUCACCUUAUGAAGCCCAAACAGAGCAAUACAACGAGAAUACCAACAUUGAGCAGCAGCAGCAACAACAAUCAUCUUCAGGUCAAUACACCGAUGCCUUGGUAGAGGAGACAGAAAAUAAGGAAAAAGCUUCAGAGGUCUCUGUACAACCAGCCGUCUCAUUGGCUUUAAGCUCUGCAGCUCCUGUGCCUACUUCUACUGGCGAUGCCACAGACGAUUUGAUACAAAUCCUUAAAGCAAAUGGCCUAUAUGCCAUGGCCAAAUAUUUGAGACAAUCCGGUUUGGACACCAUUCUCAAUGAAACGGGACCCUAUACGGUGUUUGUGCCUACGGACAAAGCUUUUAAGAAUCUUUUGGUACAAUUGGGAGGACCCGAAAGAGCUGAAGAGAAGUUUAAGGCUAAUCCCAGAUUAUUAAGUGGGCUUUUAUUGCACCAUGUCAUUCCGGGAGCUUUUGACAUUGCCACCCUGCAGGAUGAGAUGACUGGUGUUUCCUUGGCCGGCACUCAAUUGAGAGUGAAUCAAUAUAACAUGCAUGAUCAGGAAUGGAAUGAUGUUACGCUAACCACCAUCAAUGGCGCCAUGGUGGUAUUAAACAAAAAGGAUAUCAAAAUACCCCAGGGUAUAGCUCAUGCUGUGGAUCGUGUCAUGUUCCCCUUGCCAGUGGGAGAUUUAUUGCAGACCUUACAAUCCGAUAGAGAAAAUCGUUUCUCCACUUUCUUGAAGAUUUUAUACACCUCAGGACUUUCGGAGAAGUUGCAAAGUAAAGGCAUCAAGACCUACACCGUCUUUGCCCCUGUGGACAAAAGUUUCAGCGAACUCGAAUCGGAUACCUUGGAAAAGCUUAUGAAUGAUAAAGAUGCUGCCGAAGAAUUCGCCAUGAAACACAUAGUCUCCGGUACUCUAUUCUCAGCUGGCAUGAGAUUCUAUCAGGUGAAAGAUUCUUUACUCACCGGCAAGACUGUUAUAUUGCAAAAGACCUCGGCGGGUAAGAUAAAAGUAAACGAUGCCCAAAUGAUCACUUCCAAUAUACCAGCCACAAAUGGUGUUAUCCAUGCCUUGGAUGGAGCGCUGGCGUGAGCUCAAAGCUUUCAGA